AUGGCAGGGGACUGUAACAGCGAGAGUCUGAUUAUGUAUUUUACCUUCCUCGUCUUGAUCGCUUUGGUCUCAGCUGGGCACUGUCAGUCAGUAGACACCAAACAUGGUUCAUGUACUGCAGGCAUACCAGGUAUUCCUGGAACUCCUGGGACAAAUGGACAGCAUGGACCUCCUGGAAGAGAUGGAAAAGAUGGAGAGCCAGGACCAAAAGCAGACAAAGGUGAGGCUGGAGAAAGAGGACCUUUUGGCCCACCAGGUAAAGUAGGUCCUCCAGGAAAUCCAGGGACCCAAGGACGUCAAGGUGAACCAGGACCACCAGGACCUGUUCAACACAUAAAAAAGACUACCUAUGCUUUUCAUGUUGGACUCACAAAAGCAUCUCCUCCUUCUAAUGUUCCAAUUAAAUUUGAAAAAGUAUUUUACAAUGAACAAAAUAUAUACAACACCAAAACUGGUAAAUUCCUAGCUCCUGUAGAAGGGCUUUAUUUUUUCACCUACCAUGUUACGGUGUACUCCAAAAAUGUUCAUAUAACCCUUAGGCAUAACAGUAAAAUUGUGCAAUAUAUGUUACAUGUUUAUGGUUCUACCACUGAACAAGCUUCUGGCUCUUCUCUUCUACAACUUGAGAAAGGCGAUGAGGUUUGGCUACAAGAUGUUGAUGGUAACAAUGGUCUUUAUGCAGACAGUAAUGAUGACACAACAUUUUCUGGUUUCCUGUUAUAACAAUUUGAUUCUGAAAACAAAUAUGAUUGAGAUACAGAGCGCAACUACUAAUAUACCUCUAUCAGAUUUACUUAUUUUCUAGGUAUCCUUUGGUGAAACUCUUUUCCAUGAAAGAAUAUUGAUGUAGGCGUGCACUUGUCUUGAUCACUAUAUGCAUAACAUUGUUUCAAAGAUUGUUGCAAACAGCGCUGCCAUAUACUGCUCAAUGCACAUGCACGCUCCUGAGCCUACCUCAAUUUGGCCCUAAGGAAACUAAAAUAUAAACAUUAAAGGGAAAUAAAACUGCUGGUCACAAUUACUUUGGUUAUUACUCACCAACCUAUUUUUUUUCUCUUGUGCUUGCAAUACUCUUCAAAGUUGUUAUCUUAUUUAAUCCUUCACAAGGGCUGGUUAGAGAAACAUGGACAUCCAGAGGAUUUGUUUUAGAAGGGGGCAAAUAUUCUUUACAAUUAAAUAGUACCAAGUAUCUAAAGACAUAUCUGUGUAUGUAUUGUAGCAAAGAAUUGUAAAUUAGUGCUAUUCCCACUUGCUGACAGACACAAACACUUGGGUGCAGGGCCAAUAGAAUCAACACAAACAGUGACAUACACACACUUACACUACUACCAUCUAGAGCACAGGUGAAAUCAUCUUCUGAUCAGUAACCAUGGUUAUUAACUUGCUCUCACCGAGCAUAAUCAUGAAAAUCUGUCCUGUUAGUGUGCCCUGAUGACUGUAACUGAGAAACACUGUCAUAGAGGACAGAGCACACAUUUACAGCACAAUUUAGAUACAAAUUCUCUGUGAUGUCAACUUCUAGAGUAUUAAAACACUAUAUAGAGUAUUAACUUAUACUGUAAUGCAACAUGUUUCAAAAGAAGUAGUGAGAAUUACUAGUUGUCCUAUAUGAACUCAAACGACAUUGUCACAGCAAACCAAGAUAGAUUUGUAUUUAAAACCUUGCACAUGAGAUGCAGCCCUCGUCUUAAUAAGGAAUUAAAGCUGUUUAACAUGAA